GUCCGCGUUCAUUUCAUCACCAUGCGUCGGUCUGGAGCAAAUCUCAGCGAUGACGAAGGCGCCUUUGACAAGAAGACCGCAACCGACUACAUGGAAGGUGGCGACGAAGUGCGCGGGGGCCGAUCAGUUCCUUCGAACAUCAGUCGCAAAGGUCGCAUGAUUGACCGGUCGGCUGGAGCGAACCAUUCCUUCGGGACAUGGAACAUUCGCCGCCUUCGCGCGACCGAUGCGUACAAGCGGUACCUGUCCGCUCCGUUCCACACACUUGUCAACAUGAGCGUGCACAAAGUGAUUCUGGCGCUCACGCUCAUUUACUUGUUCGUGAUCGUCGUCUUCGCUUUGUUAUACCUCACGGUCGAUAACUCGUGCAACUUGGCCAUCGCGACGUUCCCUCAAGCGUUCAUCUUUUCCGUAAGCGUGCUCUUCACGAUUGGGUUUGGCAGCGGCGGCAACGACGUGUUCUUCAACAGUUGCGCCAGUGCGAUCAGCAUCAUCACGCUCCAGACUAUUGUCGGCGUUUUCCUUGAUGCUGUCGCGUUUGGCAUCUUUUACCAGCGGUUUGCUCGCGGCCAGUCUCGCGCCAACACGAUCCGUGUGUCGGCGUAUGCGUGCAUCCAAAAGAUCCGCGGACAUCUCUACUUUACAUUUCAAACGUGCGAAAUGCGCAAGCACCAGCUCUCGGAAGCGCACGUGCGGUGUUACGCUGUCCUGCACAAGUCGGCGCACUUCCCGCAUCAAGUGCACCAUCUCCAGUCGUACCCGAUGCGUCUCCAACAGCCCGACGACGACUUGAAUGGAUGGCUUAUCCUGGCCCUGCCCACCAUUUGCGUCCAUCGGUUGGACGCGUGGAGUCCGUUGAAUCCGCCGCCGCUGCACCCCGAACCCGCGCACAACCCCGCGGCGCAGGCGCUGUUUCCAGAGCCGCCGCAACGCGCCGUCGACAUUGAGACUGGCACCCGCGAAAACCGCUACCGCCCGGAGAAGCCGCCGCUCUUCAACACGACAUUGAACAACGUGCUAACAUCCGUGACCAAGGACGAGAUCGACCGGCUCUUGCACUUCUGGAGCGAAAUCAAUAUGGAAGUCGUGGUCGUGGUGGAAGGAGUCGACGCUGCCACGUCGUCGACGACCCAAAUGCGGCACUCAUUCAAGGCCCACGACAUCGUGUUCAACGAGCAGUUUGUCAACUGCGUGUUUCUGGACCAAGAAAACGGAGGCGCGAUCAUCGACUUCAAUCUCUUUGAUCGCACCGCGCCACUCGACUUUGCCUCGGUCCCCGUUGCCCGAGAACUUGUGUAAGCCACGGCAUCGGAACACCAAGCGAGACAUCCACGACAAGUUUCACCCGCGUGCUUCCACUGACUGGGCGUUGGUUCACAUCCUGCACCGAGAUUGUACACCUACAUUUCAUGCACUUUUUACUACACGUGGAAAUAACACACGACAAGACUUUCUGCGCGAUUGGGUGGUGUUUACAAACACCGAUUUGGGGGGGACGAGUCGUUCAACUCGGGGUGUAAAUAGGCAGUCGUGCACAUUUUAGGCCGACUUCUUGGACACUUUCUUGGUCUUUUUGGUCGUGGCGACCUUCUUGGUCACCUUCUUGGCUGCCUUCUUGGUCGCUGGGACCUUCUUCGCAGGAGUCUUCUUCGUGGCAGCCUUCUUCGCAGGGGCAGAUGUCUUCUUCUUGGCUUCCACCUUCUUGAUGGGGGCCUUCUUGGCAGUCACAGUCUUCUUGGCGGCCACCUUCUUGACAACUACCUCCUUGGCGGCAGCGGCCUUCUUGGUCGAGCUCUUCUUGGAAGCCGCAGGCUUCUUUUCAGAUGCAGCCAACUUGUACGAACCCUUGACUUGGAUCAACUUUCCGUUGUCGACACCGGCCUUCAACGCCUUGUUCAACAUGUGGCUUUGGAAGUUGUUUGUCUUCUUGCCUUGGACGAACUUAGAGAUUGCUUGACGGGACGAACCGCUGCGUUCAGCCAAGUGUUGGAUAGCCUCCUUGAUGCAGUCAUAAUACGAGGCGCCAGUAGCUGUCUUGGCAGCUGCGGCGGGGGUGGCCUUGGAAGCGGUUUUGGCGGCAGGCUUCUUAGGCGCAGAGUCCUUCUUAGUAGCGGGCUUGGCAGCAGCUUUGCCCUUGGCCUUGGAAGCCGCUGCCUUCUUGGCAGUGGGCUUCUUGGACUCCACCGGGGCAGAGGCUUCCACAGCAGGGGCUGCUUCCGUCGUCGCGGCAGGGGUAGGUUCAGCGGUAGUCUUGGCAGCAGCUCGGGUCAUCGUGUCUUUCG